GUCGUGUCCUGUCGUUUGCGAGUUCCAAUUCCAAAUUCCAGGCCCCUUUUGGUGCCGAUCUCCUUGUGCCGGCAAAAGUUCCAAGCUCCGCCGCCGCCCUCCGGCUAUUAUCAGAUUGUUAUUCGCUUCAUUUCCAUUGUUAACUUGGCCAAUGUCUUCGUCGAAGCAUCUCCCGAUCAACAACUACUCCUGAACAUAUAUCAGUUUUUCCUGUCUCUACUGAAAUGGUCUGUAGGGACAAUCGCCCCAGUGAUGAGAUUUACAGCAUAAUCUGGAGUCAAGAUUUCUCGCGAUGCGAAUAGUGUCAAAUGAUAGCCUGGUAGUGGAUAGAUCAGAAACAGAGCCCAUCUUAUCGCAGAUUGCGGUUGUUGAGGAAUCUGAGGACACUUCACAUUCAACUGAAAUUACUGAGGAUUGUUUGGAGACUGCUGGUGACCUGCCAAGUGUUGGAGUCUACGAAAUUCAAUCUUUGUCACAUGCUGAACUGUUCCAGUGUCGCAUAUGCUUGGACAAUGAAGGAGAAGAUCUGAUUGCACCCUGCCAUUGUAAAGGAACACAAAAGUAUGUCCAUAGAUCAUGUCUCGAUAACUGGAGAUCAACUAAGGAGGGAUUUGCUUUUGCUCACUGUACCGAAUGCAGGGCAAAGUUCAUAUUACGGGCAAAUGUCCCACCUGAUCGCUGGUGGUUGAGAUUAAAAUUUCAGUUCCUUGUGGCAAGAGACCAUGCAUUCAUUUUUCUCGUUGUCCAGUUGAUUGUAGCAUUCUUAGGUAUACUUGUAUACAAAUUCUAUGGAGAGGAGCUAAGGGAAAUGUUUGGCUACCGAGAGCAUCCAUAUGGCUUUUAUACAAUGGCAGUUUUGGCAAUUGUACUGGUGGGUUUGCUUUAUGGUUUCUUCAUAGCAAUAAUUUGUGGACAGAGAAUCAGUGAACGCCAUUAUCAUGUCCUUGCCAAAAAAGAACUCACGAAGGAAUAUGUGGUAGAAGAUCGGGAAAGGUUAACGAAAGAUGUCCCAGAACUUGAUCCUAAUCACGUUACAGAGCUAAGAAUGUUGGGGCUCUAUUGAGAUUCAUGGCAAUCUAGCAAUUACCUCACCCUCACUGGAUUAUAUAUAGCUAUAGUUUAAGCGGAAGGAUAUGGUUGUGCUGCCAAAAGAUAUUGAAGCCAGUAGAGUGUACUAACCCAAACAGGGCUUUUUGGAGGGGUGCAGAUGCUUUUUAUAAUUUUUAAACCACCCAAACAUCUGUUUUAGGUGAAACUUUCAGAAUUGGUUUAUUUUGGAAAGUGCUGCAUGCCAAAAAGAGUUUCGGUUAUUGAGUUAGUGUUUGGCCAAUUUACUUGAGAAGGGCUUUUUUUACUUUGUUUUCUUUUUAGUCUGUUUCAAAAACAAUGACACUUUCUAUAAGAGACUACUUUUGUUCAAGACCUCAAAAUUCAAGUUAAUCCAACUAAGACAAACAUUAAAACUGAAA